CUUAUUUUACAAGUUUACAAUUAUACCCCCAAAAUGAAGGUUCAAAAUAAGCAAAUCUCACUUUCCCUCUUCCUUCUCUUUUAUGCACUUCACCCAGACGGAAGAGAGACAGGAGAGAGCCGCCAUUUUCUUUCCCAACCAAAAGUAAUUUGCAAGGGCAACUGUUGGAACCCUGUUCCCUACAGCUCGAAGAGGAAGAUAGCAGCGCAGUUGUCGAAUUCGUGCCUCAAGCAUACAACUUUUUGAAUUUUGAACGUAACUAUGCCCUCUCGACGCCAAAUAAAUGCUUACGUGUUUUCAAUGGCGGAGGAAAUUAUGCACCAACAACUAUUGCAAAUCAUUGCAGUUUUUGAUCAAAUAGAUAGAAGUAAGGCGCGAAAAAGGAAUCGAUGUUUAGGACCCGGGCCUUAUACUAUACUGACACGUAUUCCCGACCAAGUAAAACACAUGGGUAGGCUCGUUAACGUUAGUGAUGUUGAUUGUAUUUUAAAUUUGCGGAUGGAUCGCAACACGUUUGGGCGCCUCUGUCAACUGUUGCGACAAUUGGGAGGUUUAAACAACGGCCGGUAUGUGACUGUUGAGGAGCAGGUUGCUAUGUUCUUAUCUGUACUCGCGCAUCACAAAAAAAAUAGGGUCGUCCGCUUCGAUUUUUGGAGAUCGGGAUAUACCAUCUCAAAGUAUAUUCACGUGGUGCUUAAAGCCGUGCUCUCACUUCACAUAUUACUAUUCGUUAAGCCGUCUCCUGUCACGGAAGAAUGCGUUGAUAGUCGGUGGAAAUGGUUCAAGGGUUGUUUGGGAGCUUUGGAUGGUACGUACAUCGACGUGAUGGUACCCACUGAAGACAAGCCACGGUACAGGACACGCAAGGGUCAUAUAUCUACUAAUACGCUGGCUGUCUGCGACCGCAACCUCAAGUUUGCAUAUGUGCUUCCAGGCUGGGAGGGAUCCGCGGCGGAUUCCCGUAUUCUGCGCGAUGCAUUGACUAGGCCGUAUGGUCUGCGGGUCCCAAAAGGAAACUACUAUUUGUGCGAUAAUGGGUACGCCAAUUGCGAUGGAUUUCUCGCACCGUACAAAGGGGUUCGAUACCACUUGAAAGAGUGGGGGGCAAUGGCAGCGAGACCACAAAACGCACAAGAACUAUUCAACCUAAGGCAUUCUAAGGCACGCAAUGCAAUCGAGCGUGUCUUCGGCAUCAUGAAAAUGAGAUGGGGAAUACUCCGUAGUGCUUCUUACUACCCUAUUAAGAUUCAGACCAGAUUAAUCAUGGCGUGCUUUGUGUUGAAUAAUUUCAUUCGCGGAGAGAUGGGUAAUGACCCCAUCGAACAACAUUUUGAUGAAUUGUUCCCGGAGGCUGCUGAACUUGAGCCGGACCACGGGGAAUUUGUUGAUAGCGUAGAUCCUUCUCCUAUGUGGAAUGCAGCUCGUGAUGAGCUUGCAAAUUCAAUGUGGCAGCAAUACUUGGCAAAUUAAAACUAUUAUUUGGUUGUUGUAAGAUGGAACUCGUUUUAGAUUCUUUGUUGAUUGACAUCUAGGCUGUGUAAUUUUAUGUGUGUAUUGCUUAUUAUCAAAGUUUAUGUUGGUAUUUGCAUAAUGGGAAAGUAUGUUUGUAUGAUGUUUAUGGCAGUUUGAUUUAUUAUGGAUU